AUGGCCGCCUAUACGAUACGCUCAAGAAAGCCUGCUCUUUGGGUGAAAACGGAGUGGCUGCCUCCACAUACUUCAAAGGCAACACCGUACCCCUUUGAGAGUGAUACGGAACAACGAAGGACCACCAAAAAACCUGCUGCGAAGGGAUUCGAAAAACUCACGUCGCAGUUGCCCGACAUCUUCAAGAAAACACCAGAGUUCUACCAAGUGGUGCUCAUCGCUCUGUCAGCCAUCCUCGGCCUUAUACUGAUACUACAGUACUUUCUGCUUAUGUAUUUGCUGCGAAUGCGUGAGAACUACGUGCUGCUAAGUCGAAAUGCGUUCAUUGAAGAAGUCUACGACGAGAAGAAUUGA